CUCUUCAUAAAAUUUUCUUUUCUUCUAUAUAUCUUUUUUUUUUUCUUCUUCUUCAUGGAUGCUCAAUCCAACUCAGAUUCUUGUUCAUCUUCAAAUCUAAGAAUCAUUGUCCAGAACAACCCUUCAGAAUCCCAACUCUCUGAAUUGGGCAUAAAAUCUUGGCCAAAAUGGGCUUGUUCACCAGGGAAAUACCAAUUAAAAUUUGAUGCAGAAGAAACAUGUUAUUUGCUAAGAGGAAAAGUGAAAGUGUAUCCAAAGAAUACAACAGAGAUGUCACCAGUGGAGUUUGGAGCAGGGGAUCUUGUCAUUAUUCCCAAAGGACUUUGUUGCACUUGGGAUGUAACCCUUGCUGUUGAUAAACACUACAAGUUUCAUUCUUCCUAAAAUUACCUUUACUAUUAUUAUAAACUCAUAAGUAAAUGUUAAGAUACUAU